CUUGCAGCCUCUACCGUGCCUAUUAUCAACUCCACCUCAUUAAGCCUAAACCUCACAGUACCCCGGGAACAUCUGUAUUCCAAGCAGGCCCUUUUGGUGUGGCGAUGGCAUCACCACAAAGCCCCACCUACGAUACAGGUCACGAACUAUUUCAUCACAUACCAGCAAGAAGGAAGCAACUCCAAGACGGUCAUUACGGUCGAUAGCGCCUUUACAUCGGAAACCUUAAGGACCUUGAAACCGAACGAGCCUUACAGGGCAUUCAUCAAGGCAGUUCUCAACAGCACAGAUGUUCCAUUUGUCGACAGCGCCCUCACGUAUUUCCAUACUCCAGAACAAAGAUUUAAACGGAGUGAUAUGGGUGUCACGGAAUUCAUCAUCCUGUUUCUAAUCUUUGCACUUUGGGGAUUGGCCAUGCUAAGAUUUUUCGGUACGUGGAACAAGAAAAUGAAUUUGAGAGUGACCAAAGACUCGAUAAGAACUCGGGACUCCUCGCCGACCCACCGCCACUUGGAAGCGUAUAGACUGUACAAAAAGCGACGUUCUGCUCAGCAGGCUAAACAGUCUCGAGAAAGGGAACAAGGUGAAGCGGGAAGUAGCGGUGGCGGUUUUGGAAGAAGCUGGCAGCGGUCGUCCACCAUGAAAAGCUUCCGGGCUCGUGCGUCAAACUUCUCCAAAAGGACUAGAUUUGGAUCGUCGAAAUCCUCGGCCCCGCCGUCCCCGCUACCGACCACACCGGAAUGUGAACCGCUUCGGGCGGAAGAACAGCUAACAGCGCCCCACCCUAUUCUACAGCUGCAGAAACCGCAUCAUGAACAACAUGAGCAUCGUCUUCACCACCAUCAACCGCAUCAACACACAAAAGACCAACCGGUCAAUGUGACUCCACCGCUGUCUCAACCGCACGCGGCGGCUGCAGCAGCCGCUGCGGUAGUAAUUGGUGUGCCUGUUCACGUGUCUUACGAAGCAGCCGGUGGUAGCGGUGAUGGGUCCCCAACGGCAACGGUUCGGCUGAGUCCUGACCGGAAUCCGCAUUCUGUUAUAUGAAACACUUGUGACGCCGCCUUAUGAAGGGAAACCUGGUUUAUUAAAGGGCCUCCUAACGAUGGCGAUGCUGAUCUGUUUCUGGGUGCUCGUCGUUCUCCUCUUCUGGAGGCAGUGGAAAAUAAUCCGCCAGCUCGAGCCAACACAGGCUAGCCGGAGGUUCCAAAUCGUCGACGACCACGAGGACGAAGCCGACACCAGCGGCCGCCGGAGCAGUGUAUUCGUACCCUACGAACCGCAUAACAUCGAGUCCAUACGCGUUGUGAAAAAGAUGAAAGACAGCGUCAUCAGCGGGGGAAGCCCGAAGCGCUCGUCUUUGAAACCGGCAUGGCCCGACAUCGAAGAAGAUGACGAGGAGGUCGAGGUCGAGUCUGAUGAUGGUGACGUGAAGUUAUCGACACGGAGUUGAUUGAUUUAUAGUGGGCUUCUAUAACUGAUAUGUAAACGGAGUCCACGAAGCUUGUCUUGAUUGUUUUUACUGAAUGUCUGUACUGAGAGACUGAUACGGAACAUGCCUGUCUGAAUUUCUACCAAUGUACAGCACCUUAGCUAAUACUCUAAUGUUAUGCAUCUCCUAUGGUGUAAUAGUUUUAAUUGGUGACUCUAAAGAUAUCAUGAGGUUCCCCCGCAAUAGCAACAAUUUUGUGGAAUAAGUGCCAAAUAUUUUAGACUAAAACAUUGCCUAUUCUAUUACGGUAACGAUUGGCGACCUUAGAAAUUUCAUGAGGAUCGCCUGACGUAGCAACAAUGUGAUCUGGUAUUGGGAACCAUAACCAAUUAUGUUAAAAUCUAUCUAUGAUGAUAAACAUUAAUUUUGCGACCAUGAAGGUAACGUAAGUGAUAGAGACAAUUUACCACAAUUUGUACUAUUUGGUUCGUAAACAUACAGAAAUACUUUCCAAAUAUAUAUUUUUUUCAGAAAAUUCUUCCAAUCGGAGUAUUUUUUAGGAGAAUAAAAUAAACUUGGUGUAAAAUCAAGGAAUAGAUGACAUCUCUACUUCGUCUUAAAACAGAAAAAAGAUAUGCUGAGUUGUGUUUUCAGGUUAAUGAUGAUGAUAACAAUGAAUUGUAUUAACAAAGCACUUUUAUCAAACGUUUCAAAUGGCUUCACAAUAAAAAAAAUGAUUUGAUAAAUACUAAUUUUAUAUGGCAAACCUGUGGAUUAAGGAAAAAUAACAAUAAUAUGGCAACUUAAAAACAGCAACAAAAUUAACUGCUAUCCAUAAUUAUGAACAUAUGCAUUUUCGGUACAAUUUUGAAGGAUGAGAGAGAAAUGAACUAAAGAAUAUUAUCAGUAUUUCUAUCAUGUAUACUGUAUAUUGUAACUUUGUGAGAUCGGCAACUUGCAGGUCCAACAUUUUCAGGAAGGCCUAUAGGAGACCCGAACCCUCGGCCCAGAUUGUGCCUGGUUUCUCUAAACCAAUGCCACUCAAGCCGGCGAAACUGAUUCCAGACUGACUAAAACUCUUUAGUUAAUUCCAAUGAUACUAGAAUAUCAUAGGUCGAUUUAGAAUCGGUUUUGUUGGUGUAUAUACUGUGGCAUUAUGGAUUUUUGACUGAGGUGUCCUGCUUUGCCGCUUUGUCGGGCAGGGCAUUACUCACAAUGCCCGGCAUUGUGAGUAAUCAGUCUGAGACGCCCUCAGAUGUCGGUCUUACAGCAUGAGAUCAGGCGCCGCACUAGGCCUACAUUGGAGCAGGGAUGAACGCAGUGAUGAAAAUAAUAGGAAGAGAAAAAAAGGAAACGGGGAAGGGAAAGAAGACAAAGAG